UCCCUUUCUCUUUCUCUAUCUCUGUGCGCUGGGCCCUCCGAGGAGCUUCCUUGCAGCCUUGGCUCUCACGUCGCUGAGGAACAGAAGAGGGGACCCCGCUGAUAGACACAAUUUGCAAUUCAAACUUUUUAUUUUGUUUAACAGAGAGUGAAGAAGUUGAAGUUAGCGCGGUUGUGCCAUGUUGAGGCUCAUAUUUUUGGCCGCUCUCGCUGGGUUUUCCCGGGCCAGUGAUGUGCUUGACUACACGGAUGAUGAUUUCGAAAGCAGGAUUGGAGACCACAGCCUCAUUCUGGUGGAGUUUUUCGCCCCUUGGUGCGGUCAUUGUAAACGGCUAGCACCUGAGUUCGAGGCCGCCGCUACACGCUUGAAAGGCAUCGUCUCUCUGGCCAAGGUUGACUGCACAUCCAACAGCAACACAUGCAGCAAAUAUGGUGUCAGUGGCUAUCCGACCCUAAAGAUCUUCAGGGAUGGAGAGGAAUCUGGUCCCUAUGAAGGACCCAGGACUGCAGAUGGGAUUGUCAGUUUCCUGAAGAAGCAGGCCGGCCCAGCUUCAGUGGAGCUCAAGACAGAUGCAGACUUUCAGAAGUUCACUGUGGACCAAGACGCAAGUGUUGUCGGGUUCUUUGCUGAUGAUAAGAGCACAGCACAGGCAGAGUUCCUGAAGGCAGCCAGCGCCCUGAGAGACAACUACCGUUUUGCCCACACCAACUCUGAGGAUCUCCUCCAGAGCCACGGCAUCGACGGAGAGGGAGUCGUCCUGUUCCGCCCACCACGACUCAACAACAAGUUCGAAGACAGCUCUGUGAAAUUCAGCGAGGACAAAUACACCAGCAACAAAAUCAAGAGGUUCAUCCAGGACAACAUCUUUGGAAUCUGCCCCCACAUGACGGACGACAACAAAGACCAGCUGAAGGGGAAAGACCUGCUGGUGGCCUAUUAUGAUGUUGAUUAUGACAAAAACCCCAAGGGCUCCAACUACUGGAGGAACAGGGUGAUGAAGGUGGCCAAGAGCUUCCUGGAUCAGGGCAAGAAACUGAACUUCGCCGUGGCCAGCAAGAACAUGUUCAGCCACGAUGUGUCUGAGUUCGGCCUGGAUGGCAGCUCAGGAGAACUGCCUGUGGUGGCCAUCCGCACCGCCAAGGGAGACAAAUACGCCAUGACCGAGGAGUUCUCUCGUGAUGGAAAAGCCCUGGAGCGUUUCCUGCAGGACUACUUUGAUGGCACGUUGAAGCGCUACCUCAAAUCAGAGCCCAUCCCAGAGAACGACGACGGACCUGUGAAGGUCGUGGUGGCCGAGAACUUUGACUCCAUCGUCAAUGACGACAGCAAAGACGUGCUGAUCGAGUUCUACGCCCCGUGGUGCGGUCACUGCAAGAGCCUGGAGCCCAAAUUCAACGAGCUGGGAGAGAAGCUUGCUGAUGAUCCCAACGUCGUCAUUGCCAAGAUGGAUGCCACAGCCAACGAUGUGCCAUCUCCAUAUGAAGUCAGCGGAUUCCCCACAUUAUACUUUGCCCCAGCUGGACGUAAGAUGAGCCCAAAGAAAUACGAGGGAGGUCGCGAGGUGAGCGACUUCGUCUCUUACCUGAAGAGAGAGGCCACCAAUCCCUUAGUCGUGCAGGAGGAGUCCAAGAAGAAGAAGAAGAAGAAGGGCGACGACAAGAUAGAGCUAUAAAAGCUCCAGACAGGAACUCAACAUGCCCCGCCCACUACAGGAGGAGGAUUGGGGAAAACACGCAAAGAAA